AUGGCACGAUAUUUCAAGCAUCGUCCUCUGCUGGAUUCUUCUGCAGUACCAGUACGGCAAUGUCUGCGGAGAUUACCAUUGGCAAUAAGAGACGAAGUAGCAGCAGAGUUACGUCGAUGGGAGGAAGCCGGUGUUAUCGAGAAAGUCGAUUCAUCACCAUGGCUUUCUAACAUGGUUGUGGUUUGCAAGAAGUCGGGUGAAAUUAGGUUGUGUGUGGACCUAAGUGCAGUUAACCAGGCGGUUAUACCGAGAAGACACCCAUUACCGACAGCGGAAGACAUCACAGCGGAGUUUCACAGGUCCACUGUGUUCUCAAAGCUUGAUUUGAAACAAGAUUAUUUGCAGUUGCGUAUGGCAGAAGGUUCUCCAUGCAUUACUGCUUUUUUGACUCAAGUGGGAGUUUUCCAGUUCCGGCGAAUGCCAUUCGGGCUAUCAUCAGCGCCGAGUGCGUUCCAGAAAAUGAUGACGUCGGUUCUUGCCGGGAUACCAGGAGUAGCCAUUUACAUGGACGAUAUUGCCGUCCACGGCCCUGAUCGGAAAAUACACGCUGAGCGUUUAGAUCAAGUUUUUCAGAGACUAACAUGCCACCAGUUGACGGUGAACAACGAGAAAUGUCUAAUAGGAGUUGCAGAAACCCUGUUUGUUGGUCGCUACUAA